CAACACAGACAGCGUCAGCUGUGUAACUAACGUGAGCUGUUGUAGUUACAGAUGGAUGCCAGCCUGGUAGUAACCCUGGAUAACCUUUACCCUGCCCUCAUCCAGUGCUUUGCUGUUAUCAUAUGUGGGUAUGUUGCGGGCAGGAUUGGACUGGUCACGGAGGAGCAGUCGUCAGGUCUCAACACGUUUGUCGGCACGUUCAGUCUCCCCUCACUCAUUUUCCUGUCACUGGCCUCACUCAAUCUGUCAGAUGUCAACUGGUACUUUCUGUUGGCAAUACUGGUCUCCAAGGCUCUGGUGUUCCUCUCUGUAGUCCUAGUCACACUGCUCGUGUCUCGAACCGUUCAGUGCUGCUCGAGCUGGAGGAAGGAGGAAGAAGACCAAGAGGAAGAACCCGAGGAGGGAAGAUGGGAGGACCAAGUGGUGGAAAGACAUAGAAGAGGAAGGGGACUACAGGAAAAUACAGGUGGAAUUGAAGAGGAGACCUGGAACGGAGUAGAACCUAAAGUGGGAGGAGGCCUGUGUAAUACCGACGACCC